AGCUCAGUACCUACUGUCAUACUGACUGCCUGCUUUCUGCUUUGCUUUUGCUGUCGUCGAAGAAGUCAACGUGAACGGUUUUUAGUGUUUCAUAUCUUAACAAAAAUUAAGAAUACAAUAAGUCAAAUAGUUAUAAACAAUCCGGCAAGAUGCCUCUCUCCUGUCGAUUUUAUCAGGAGAAAUAUCCAGAGGUAGAAGAUGUAGUGAUGGUGAACGUGAGAUCCAUCGCUGAGAUGGGCGCCUACGUCCAUCUACUGGAAUAUAACAAUAUCGAGGGCAUGAUCCUCCUCUCAGAGUUAUCGAGACGUCGAAUUAGAUCCAUCAACAAAUUGAUUAGGGUCGGCAAAACUGAACCUGUUGUGGUCAUAAGAGUGGAUAAAGAAAAAGGUUAUAUUGACUUGUCAAAACGUCGUGUCUCAGCAGAAGAUAUAGACAAAUGCACAGAGCGGUAUGCGAAAGCCAAGGCAGUGAACUCCAUACUCCGGCAUGUUGCCGAGUUGCUGCAUUAUGAGAACUCUGAACAGUUGGAGGAACUGUAUAAAAGGACUGCUUGGUAUUUUGAAGAGAAAUACAAGAAGAAAGCAUCGGCCUAUGAUUUUUUCAAACAGGCUGCUGUGGAUCCCUCAGUCCUAAAUGAAUGCGGUCUUGAUGAGAAAACCAAGGAGGUACUCCUUGCAAACAUCAAGAGGAAACUCACGUCACAAGCGGUAAAGAUCCGAGCUGAUAUAGAGUGUGCGUGCUACGGUUAUGAAGGCAUUGAUGCAGUGAGAGCGGCUCUGAAAUCUGGCCUCGCUCUGUCCACAAGUGAAAUGCCCAUCAAAAUUAAUCUUAUAGCUCCACCUUUAUAUGUAAUGACGACGUCGACGCCCGAGAAAACUGACGGCCUCAAAACACUACAGGACGCGAUCGACAAAAUCAAGGAGACGAUCAUCGCCGCGGGCGGAGUUUUCAACGUGCAGAUGGCUCCUAAAGUGGUGACCGCGACGGACGAGGCGGAGCUGGCGCGGCAGAUGGAGCGCGCGGAGGCUGAGAACGCUGAGGUCGCCGGAGACUCCGCCGAGGAGGACGAGGACCAUGGUAUGGGUGAUGCUGGUAUGGAUGAGGAGCCUCAACAGAAUGGCGCUUCAGGUGACGAAGACGACUGAACUGAAGGGCUGCGGCGUGGCGGGAACGGGCGCGGGCAGCCAGCCAGAGUUAUUUUUUGAAUACAGAAUUACUUUCAAUUGUUAUAUUCGAUUUUUUUAAAACGUUUUUAUUUUUUUUCUUCUCGUAUAUUUUGUGGCCAGGGAUUUCAAGAUUGACUACCAAUUUCAAGAAGAAAUUUAUUUUGUCACAACUAUCCGUUAAAAGUUUCUAAUUAUAUGUUUUACUAACGGGUACUGGACUUCGCCGCUUAGCGGCUGAGGAAGAACCAAGAAAAUGCUCCAUCUAGUCUUAUUUUUAAACGACACUGAACUUAAAAUUUCAUGUUUACUCACAUCAAAAAUUAAGCAAAAAAUAUUUAAAAUAUUGGUCCACCCAAUAUCAAAUGGGUUCUAAGUCUCAAACUAAAAAUAUACAUAUCUUGUCCUCUCUUUUACAUUACAUAUUUACUUCAUCAGAAUAUAUUAUUGCACAUUUUUAAAGAGUAUUCGUAUGUACGUUUGGGGUCCGCGCCCGCCCUUCUGGCUUAGCUGUAAUCGAUAUAACAUAAUGUAAAAGUAUAACAGUCAUGUUAUUACAUCUAUAAUAUACAUUUUUUAUACAAA